AUGUCCAUCUCCAAUGGCACAACCAAGGCAGACGAGAAGUCUUCAGCUUUCGCCAACCUCGACAGUCGUCGACUCUCUCUUAACAGCGAUGAGCAGACAACCACUGUCGUCACAACGCUUGCCGAUGCGGACGAGGCCCUUGCCUUUCUAGAGAACCAUCCACAAUCAGCUCUAAUAGCAGAGCAAGGCGCCGCGAUACUCGAAGAUGAGAAGUCCCGCCGACGACUAGUGCGCAAGAUCGACCUCACCAUCGCUCCAUUACUGGCAUGCGUCUAUUUUUUGCAAUAUCUCGAUAAAACCACCUUAUCGUACGCCGCCGUCAUGGGUCUCCGCAAGGACACCCAUCUCAAAGGCCAAGAAUACUCCGACCUCAGCAUGCUCUUCUACAUCGGCUUUCUUGCAACCGAAUUCCCCACCCAAUGGCUUGCCCAACGCCUUUCCCGCCUCUCCCUCUACCUAGGCGUCAACAUCAUGAUCUGGGGCGUCGUCCUCGCCUGCCACGCCGCCUGCACCGACUUCGCCGGCCUGGCAAUCUGUCGUACGCUUCUAGGCGUUUUCGAAUCCUGCGUAGCUCCCAUCUUGGUCAUGAUCAUAGCUAUGUGGUACAAGAAAGAAGAACAAGGCCGACGGAUAAGCUGGUUCUACGUCUGCAACUCCCUCACCCAGAUUGUAGGCGGUGCUGUCGCAUACGGAGCCUCGUACGCCCCAACCUCAGGCCUGGCAAGCUGGCGGAUCUUCUACCUCGCCAUCGGCGCCCUGACAGUCGUCUGUGGAGGGCUCGUCGCCAUGUUCCUGCCCGACAGUCCGGUCAAAGCCCGCCGCUUCACGGAUGCCGAGAAAGUGGCUGCUCUCUUGCGCACGGUAUCCAAUCAAUCCGGAACUCAGAACUCCAAGAUCAAGAAAGAGCAGAUCUGGGCCACUUUUCGAGAUACGCGAGUAUGGCUCGUCUGCCUCAGCGUCCUUUUAUCCUCUAUCCCCAACGGCGGAAUCAGCAAUUUCAGCUCUAUCCUCCUGACCACGUUCGGAUACACCUCGCAACAAGCACUCAUCAUGUCGAUGCCUGCGGGAGCAAUCGGUGUAGUUUUCGUCCUCUUCUCCGGCUGGUUGUCAGACAAACUCAACGAUCGAAGCCUCGUAAUGUUCGUGUGCAUCUUGCCUACGAUCUUAGCCGGCGCAAUGAUGAUCGGGUUUGAUCCCAAGGGCAUACCACUCAACAAAUCCGCUCUACUAGCCGCUUCCUUCUUGUCCGGAACUUUUGGCGCGGCAUUCAUGCUCCUGCUCGCCUGGAACGCCUCAAACAUAGCCGGCCAUACCAAGAAAGUCACUGCGAACGCUCUGACGCUCGUCUCGUUCGCCAUAGGCAAUAUCCUAGGCACACAGACAUUUCAGCAAAAGGAGGCUCCAGGCUACAUCAGCGGCAAAGCAGCCAUCAUUGCCACCUUAGGAGCCCUAUGCUUUGUCAUCAUCGGACUGAGAAUGUCAAACGAUCGACUGAACAAGGAGAACGCUGUCAAGAGAGCAGAAUUGGGCGAAGAGGAGCAGAAGUCUAUGAAAGACAAGCUUGCCUUUGCCGACCGCACGGAUCGCGAGAAUAUCUUCUUCAUGUAUACUCAUUAA